AAGAGAGGGGCGGGCCUACUUUUGGAGGUGUGCACAUUCACCCCGACUCCUCCUCCAUGAGUCAACCUGCUCCGCUUCCUUUAUAUGACCCUUCAGCACUUUGACUGCUGCCAUUUUUUCUCUGCUGUCUGUUUCCUUCACACAUCAGAAGCAAAAUGACGUCUGGGGUAAAAGUCUGCGACGAUGUGAAAAACAUCAUCACAAAAAUGAAAGUGGUGAAAAGUGACGACGCCGAGGAGGAUCGCAUAAGAUUGCUGAUAUUAGUCAUCGACACCGGCGAAAUUAAAAUCGAGAAAUGUCUCCUUCAGAAGGAUGUGGAGGGCGAGGCGGACGUAUUCAAGUUGGUCGUAAGUCUGAUGAAACCUGAAAAGUGCUGCUACCUUUUGUACGACUGCCACUUUGAAACUAAGGAAUCAAGUAGAAAAGAGGAACUGGUCUUCAUGCUGUGGGCCUCUGAUACCGCAAAAAUCGGCGAAAAAAUGAUUUACGCUUCCUCCAAAAGUUCUCUUAACAACCUGUUGGAUGGUGUGAAGCAUAGGUUGCAGAUAAAUGACAUUGCAGAUAUGGACAGGGCGGACUUUGCCAAAAGACUUGGAAACGUGGUGAAGCUCGAGGGCAACAGUGUUUAAUCGUACUUCCCAGCAGGCACCGAGCGCUUUCCCCAUUUUUUGUAAUGAGCUACAUUUAAAGGGAUUUGAGGGGAUGAUUGCAAGAUUUUCCCAUUCAACUUUGUUUUUGCAGUGGGUCCACAACCAGGGAAGUUAAGAUUUUGGCUUUUUGACCCUGGACCCUUGAUGUUUGUUCCCGCUAAACUUUCCACACCAGUUUGGAUGUCUCAUUUAUCAAUUUGACACAUCCAUUCUUAAGACCACUAUUGUCUGUCACUUCAUUCUUUGUACUUCUAUAUUUCGCAAAUUAAUAAUUUGCUGUUCCAUUCUUAUGUCCAUGUCUGAUAACCUUGUUGAAUAUCCCAAAGACUCCCUACUCAAGUUCAAUAGGUCAGAAUGACUGGGCCUGUAAGUUGAAUGUUUUUCCUAUCGCAUGACUUAUACAAAGAAAUUUAACAGAAAAUGCAAAAGUUGUACUGUAAGAGUAUUAUCAAAUAAAUUCAUUGCAAUCUG